AUGCCGGGCAUUCAAGCCAUGUGGAGUGUCCGCGAAAAUUACGCCAGUCCGCAGGAUGCCUAUCUCGUACAGUCGUUUGUUGGACAAACGCGCGUCUUGGGUGUCACCACAUUGACAGACGACGACAGUCAGCAAGACGAGCCGCAAGACAAGACCAUGGAGGAAAGUGGCGACGACGAUGAUGACGAAGAAGCGGGAGGAACCUUGGAAGAAGUUGAAUUGCAAGGAUUGGAUGCGAAUGCUACGUCGUUGUAUGUGGGAAAUGUACAGCCAGGAGAUGGAUUGUUGCAGAUUACAGAAGCAGAAAUACGAUUAAUCUCGCUUCCCAAUAAGGAAGGAGGAAGUGUUGGUGAGGUGUUGGAUACCUGGACGCCUCCGGGUUCGGCUGGAAUGAUCACUGUCGCGGCUGGGAAUGAAGCAGGCCAAGCCGUAGUGGCCACACCAGGUGGAACCCUGUGGUAUUUGGCAGUCAACGAGGAUGGCACAAAGCUCGAGUCGUUGCAUCAGAAGCAAAUGGAUCGAGAAGUUUCUUGUUUGGAUGUGCACCCCUUUGCAGGCGGCAAUAACAGUGACACCAUGGACGCUUCCUCUUCGGACCAACCACGACAACGAUUGCCACCGAAAAAGAGCUCCAUUGUGGCCGUUGGAUUGUGGGAUGAUUUCACAGUUCGUCUCUUGGCACUCAACAACGAUUUGCAGGAACUCCAUCAAAUCCACCUCAGUACGGAUGAUGAAGAGGAGGAGGAGGAGGACCCAUCUGCGAUGAUGAGUGCGGAAGAAUCGGCAAUGGCAAGACGACACCGCAACAACAUGAUGGCACGGUCCUUGUGCUUGAUCACGCUAGAUGUGAGUAGUAGCAGCAGCAGCCAUCACCACGGCGGUGGAGGAGGUCAUUCCUCGUCACUUGGCAAUGCGCAAGGCGUGGAUAUGUUGUUUGUGGGAUUGGGUGAUGGAACGGUUGUCUCCUUUGCAGUGGUGGUGAUGGCCGAAAAUGAGCGUGUGUCGGUGCAGUCCAAAAAGGAAGUCUGUUUGGGAACCCAGCGUAUCAACCUCAUCCCCUUGCAAACAGAAUGGGGUGGCACGUGUGUCUUGGCAACUGGUGACCGGCCAACAGUGAUCUACCUUGCUGGUGUCGGCAGCGGCGCAACUCCCGGUGGCGGAAGCACUGGCGCUACGGCGUCGUUCAAUCCUAAACUGUGCUAUUCCAAUGUCAACUUGCAAGUAUCGGAUGAUGAAGAAGCAGAAAACGUCAGUCGCUCUGCUUCCCAGCAAACUAUUGCGGUCAACGUAGCGGCGCCAUUCUUCUCCAGCCUUCUCUUUGAUGCUGGAUCUUUGGGAUCGCAGUACUAUUCCUUGUGUGUUGCCGAUGAUGCGAAUUUGAGACUGGGAGUGAUUGAUGACAUUCAGAAGCUUCAUGUCACCACCUGUCGCUUGGGGAUGGCUCCUCGUCGAAUUGUGCACUGCCCCGAUGCCCGAAUGUUCGCGGUUGGAUGCAUUGAGAGUGGCAUCAAACAACUGGGGCUGGGCGGAGAAGAGCACAAUAUGGGCAACUGUGUCCGGUUCUUGGACGACACGACCUUUGAUGACAUUGAACGCUUUGAUUUGGAGCCGUAUGAAAUGAUCCUCUCCAUGACUUAUGCCAGCCUUCGCGUUCAUUCGCCAACAUCAUCUGCAUCUACUGCGACAGACACAGAAGGCGGUGUCAAUUCUGGCGAUCCCACCGGUGAUGGAUCCGGGGCUUCCAACUUUCGAACGUACUUAUUGAUUGGAACUGCGUAUGCCUUGCCGGACGAAGAUGAACCGACGAGGGGCCGAAUCAUGGUCAUGUCGUGUGGAGGAAGUGGCAUGGAAGAAGAGGCAGCCACUUCCAACAAUGCCCGGGCCAUUCGACAAGUCACGGAACUGCAGGUUCGAGGCGCGGUGUACUCCAUGUCUCAGUUCUACGAUGGAAAAGUUCUUGCUGCUGUGAAUUCAAAGACUCAGAUUCUUCAGUUGACGGACGAUGUCAAUGCCGGCGGCAUGAAGCUGAACUUUGUGGGUGUUGGCCAUCACGGCCACAUUUUGAGUCUGUUUGUGAAGAGCCAAGCGGGUCGUCAGGCCUCUCUCGCAGCCUCCCCAGCAUCAGGCGAGGAGCAGAAGGGUCCGGCGGCUGUUGCUUCGGUCCCUAUGGACGUGGACAAUCCGCACAAGAAGAAAAAGCCAGCUCCAGCCUCGGAGCAAGAAAUGCUGGCAAUCGUUGGCGACUUGAUGCGGUCUAUUUCAGUCGUCCAAUACUAUCCUCAGCACGACACAUUGGAAGAGAUUGCUCGCGAUUUUAACACGAACUGGACCACAGCCAUUGAAAUGCUCAACGACGACGUGUACCUUGGAGCCGAGAACUGGAACAAUCUCUUUGUGCUCCGUCGCAACACCAAGUCUCAGAGCGAGGAGAUUCGCUGCCGCCUUGACACUAUUGGAGAGUUCCAUUUGGGGGAGAUGGUGAACAAGUUUAUGAAGGGAAGCUUGGUUAUGCCUCACAGCAGCAACAGUGCAGCCAAUACGAGGAAGUCGACGCGUCGAGGAAGCGUUACGUCUCCAACAAAGAAAAAGACCGCCGAUGGUACGAGUCCAUCCAAGGGUGGGCAAGGUGCAGCUGUGCGCAUUCGCCGUCCUCCUGUCGUGAUUGGUAGUCAGACGCUGUUUGGAACUGUGGAGGGAACUUUAGGUUGCAUUCUUGGCUUGGAUGUUCGGACUGCGGCAUUCUUUUCGUGCAUCGAGCGAGCCAUGACCAAGGUUAUCAGGCCUAUUGGAGACUUUGGCCACCAGAAGUUCCGUGCCUUCGAUGCUGAGCGACGAAUCCAUCCUCAUCAUGGAUUUGUGGAUGGGGAUUUGGUCGAGUCGUUUUUGGACCUCGACCGUACGACUAUGGAUGCCGUCGUCAAAGAGAUGAACAGAGAUGGAGGUUGGGAAGUAGAUCGAGGUACCAUGUCUCCUUCAAGUGGCCGUGAGGGAGGAUCAGGUGGCGACAAGGGAGAUGCCAACCCUGACGUCGAUCCUGUGGAUCACCCUGAACUAGUAGUGGAGGACGUGGUCGCUAUGGUCGAGGAAAUGGCUAUGCUCCAUUAG